AUGCUUUCUCUAGUCCUUUCAGCUGAACUCACAGGAGUCACCGAGCUUCGCCCUCAAGAUACUGAUGAGAAUCCCUACUACUACACUUUCAAGGUACAAUGCACGUCCUGUCGGGAGACACACCCAAACUGGGUCAGCUUCAACCGUUUUGAGCAACAUGAAAUCCCUGGAAGCCGCGGAGAGGCGAACUUUGUCUGGAAAUGCAAGCUUUGCCAAAAAACCCAUUCCGCCUCUAUUGUUGCAGGUCCCAACGUGUACGAAGCAGACGAGAAGCGCAAGGGCCGGAAAGUGAUCGAAAUUGACUGCCGCGGUCUUGAAUUUACCGAUUUUAAAGCUGAUGGCGACUGGGAGGCCAAGGGCACCGAGUCUUCCACCCCUUUUACUGCCAUCGACCUGUCUGAGGGCGAGUGGUAUGACUAUGACGAGAAAGCUGGAGAUGAAGUUGCCAUCAAGGAAAUUACCUGGGAGUUCCAACCGGUCAAUCCCCGCCCUUUUCUGCAGACUAGGGUCGGUACGGAGAUGGUCAUUCGCCUUAAGUGGGGUCAGACAGAGUACAAGGGCAAGCUGGAGAGCAUCGACUCGUACAUGAACGUGCUGUUGCGGGACACGGAAGAGUUCAUUGAUGGAAAGAACACAGGAACUCUUGGACUUGUGCUUAUUAGGUGUAACAACAUUCUUUGGAUGGGAUCGGCAGACAACGUCGAGAUGACGGAUUUGGGGCUGCGGUAG